AUGGAGAAAACUGUGGACAGCUCCGGUGAGUUUCCCGGCAGAAAAACUGAAUCAACGGUGGUUUCCGAUCAGACGUCCGAGGAUCAUUUCUACGGACAGGUCGAAAAAUUGAAUGAGUCAUCGGGCCUCAGCCUAGUCUUUAAUUUUCGUGAUACAAAGUUAGAUUUGUAUUGUCUGUACAAGGAAGUGAUUGAGAGAGGAGGAUUUCAUCAGGUCACUAAGCUCGGAAAAUGGGAUGAUGUUGCAUCAGCCUCAAACCCUAUCAGCUCUGUGCUUACAUCAGCAUCUCAACUUCAGAACAUCUAUCAAGCGCUCCUCAUACAGUACGAACUAAUGGACUCCCGAAAUAUGGCAGAAAAAGGAAGUUCAUGGCAGGACAAAACUUCUUCAGGUUGUGGAGCGAGCUCAAGCUUCUCGACUGGAAAGCGCCGGCAUAUUGAUCAAGAUAGCCAACUGGAUAAUUGUCCUCGUGAAGUCGCCUCAGAACGGAAGGCAAGGCGAAAGAAGUCGAAUGCUAAGAAUUUAAAAACUGACCCGGAUGCUCCAUUGAAGCCGAGGAGUGGUUAUAGCAUCUAUCUAAGGCUGGAGAUAGAUCGACUAAAGAAAAUUUACGGAGAGAAAGCAAAUGGCAUGAACAUUCGUGAAAUGGUGACUAAUGCCUGGAGGUCCCUCUCUGAUGAAGAGAAACAGCCGUACUUUGAAGCAAGUAAAAUAGACAAGGAGAGGUACAGAAAGGAGAUGGGCGCUUAUAAUAAUAAGCAGCUAAAUGAUGAACCAAAAGUGGGGCCCACGGAUGAUGUUUAUCAUGUGUCCUUAUCUCUUGAUGAACCAAAAGUGGGGCCCACGGAUGAUGUGGCGAACAACAAAGGCCCUGGCGGCCCUGUGGGUGUGCCUUAUGACUCCAACAAUGACUGGGCUUUCUACUGA